AGAUAGGGUAAAAACAUAACCUCAAACUCACCUCAAAGUAGUUUUUCAAUAAUUCCUUCAAUAUUCCUUGAGUUAAAGCUAUCACUUGACUGAAAAUGUAUAUAAGUUCGUUGCUACGUGUGCUUCCUCAAUGCAAAAGUACACUGUCGUGUUCGGUGAUGUGGCUGCACGUCGAUGCAGCUCUGAAUGCCGCUGUGAAGAAGACCUCCGCAGCUGGAGGUGUGAUGGGUCUGGGCAAGGGCAAGAAGGGCAAGCUGGGCAAGCUCGGCGCGGCGGAGAAGAAGGAGCUGCCGGUGGAGACGGACCCCGUGAAGCUCGUCACCCGGGUCUGCGGCUCCAACAUACUCACCACCGGGGAGGAUGUUGUGCUGAAGCCAGACAGCGAGUACCCUGAAUGGCUGUGGACGUUGAACACCGGCGCUGCGACCCGGCUCGAGGACCUCGACCCCGAGUCCAAGCAGUACUGGCAGCGAGUGCGCGCCGAGGGGAUGCGGAGAAACAACCGACUGAGGAGUCUGCGGAGGUUCCAGUGAUGUGCGGGUUUGGGGCAGUUGUUGAGCGUUUUGGGAUAAGACUGCUUUGUAGUUUCCGCGAUGUGACUAAAACCAUACUACAUUAAAUAGAUAAAGGUCAGGCUUCUAAACUAGUUAGUAAUAAUAUUUUAUCUGGAAACUGUAUCAAAGUUACGGCAAAUCAAUGAAUCUGAAAUGUAGCCAUGCACCGCUAAACUGAAGGAUAUAUGAUAAGUUUAGAUCAGUCUCCAGUCAGUCUGUAGAAGACAAUCCCAAAUGUUACAAUGUGUAAGUACCUAAUUUAAGUAGUCAUAGGUAAAUUGUUAAUAAAAUUAUUAUAAAUUUAAAUUAAAUUAUGUCUUUUAAUAAAAUCACAUUGUAGAAUA